AUUUUCCAUUUUUUGUCUAAUUUUUUGUUUUUGUUUUUUUGUAAGCCACCCCCCCCUUUUUCCUGUAAAGAAUCUAGGGUAAGGAACUUGAGAGCAAAGGGGAAAUAUUUUUUCUUUUCUGUUUGUUCUCUUUCUUUAUAAAUCAUUUGAGCCAUCUUUGCCAGGUACUUUUAUUCCAGGUGACCUCUGUAUGGAAACCUAACAAUUAUUUAACACCAUGGUUCCUAAAAGUCACUAAGUUUGGUGUUCAUAUAACUUGUUAAUUUGGAUGCAUUCACAAUAGUUAUGGAGAGAACAUGUAGCAAAAAACAGUUUUCCUUUUGAUAUUUUCCUACUUCUUUUAAUAGAGAAGAAGUUCGUGCCCCAAUUCCUCAGAAACAGGAAAUAUUGGUGGAACCAGAACCUUUGUUUGGUGCUCCUAAAAGACGACGGCCUGCACGUUCAAUAUUUGAUGGUUUCCGAGAUUUUCAGACUGAAACUAUUCGGCAAGAACAGGAAUUAAGAAAUGGAGGAGCAAUAGAUAAGAAACUAACUACCCUUGCAGAUCUCUUCCGGCCACCCAUUGAUUUGAUGCAUAAAGGCAGCUUUGAAACAGCCAAAGAGUGCGGCCAGAUGCAAAAUAAGUGGCUAAUGAUAAACAUUCAAAAUGUACAAGACUUUGCAUGCCAGUGCCUCAACCGUGAUGUAUGGAGCAAUGAAGCUGUGAAGAAUAUUAUCCGGGAACAUUUCAUUUUCUGGCAGGUUUAUCAUGACAGUGAGGAAGGUCAGAGAUACAUACAGUUUUAUAAGCUGGGGGAUUUCCCCUAUGUUUCCAUCCUGGAUCCACGGACAGGUCAGAAGCUAGUAGAGUGGCACCAAUUAGAUGUAUCUUCUUUCUUGGAUCAAGUGACAGGAUUUCUGGGUGAACAUGGGCAACUGGAUGGACUUUCUAACAGUCCCCCCAAAAAAUGUGCCCGUUCAGAGAGCCUUAUAGAUGCAAGUGAAGACAGCCAGCUAGAAGCUGCCAUCAGAGCCUCCUUGCAAGAGACACACUUUGAUUCAACACAGACAAAACAGGAUAGCCGCUCAGAUGAAGAAUCUGAAUCUGAACUUUUUUCUGGCAGUGAGGAGUUCAUAUCCGUUUGUGGCUCUGAUGAAGAAGAGGAGAUAGAGAAUCUUGCCAAGUCCAGAAAAUCUCCCCACAAAGAUUUGGGGCAUAGAAGAGAGGAGAACAGAAGGCCACUAACUGAACCCCCAGCCAGAACUGAGCCUGGAGCAGCCACAAACCACCAAGGAUUGCCAGCCGUGGAUUCAGAAAUAUUGGAGAUGUCACCUGAAAAAUCAGAUGGAAUAGUGGAGGGCAUAGAUGUAAAUGGACCAAAAGCACAGCUGAUGUUGCGGUAUCCAGAUGGAAAAAGGGAACAGAUCACUCUUCCAGAGCAAGCUAAACUGUUGGCUUUGGUGAAGCACGUCCAGUCUAAAGGAUAUCCAAAUGAACGUUUUGAACUUCUCACCAACUUCCCUCGAAGGAAACUCUCUCAUCUGGACUAUGACAUUACAUUACAGGAGGCAGGCCUUUGUCCUCAAGAGACUGUCUUUGUACAGGAAAGAAAUUAACAUCAUGGCCUGACCUCUCUCAGUUUACCCCUUUUUUCCCUUUCCUGUGAGAUACCAUGUCACUAAGUAUGCAUUUUGGCUCAUAGGACCAUAGAGCCAAAGUUGGGCAAGCAAGUCACCUGCCUUCUCUUUUAUUUCUUGCUCUCUCCUAUAUUCAGUCUCUUUUCCCCCUCCCCCCACCUUUUCAGUCCUCUUCUAUUUUCUUCUUUUUCCUACUAUUCUUUCUUUCUUACCUAAUCUGGUGACCAAAUGGAAGUGUAAGGAUUAGACCUCCUAGUACUGGCAGCAGGAAAUGUGUGUUCCAAUAAGUGGUCUCUUGCACGGCACUUUUUUGGGAUCAAAUGAUAAUGUUACUCCUCAGAUCCUUUGGUAAAGGAAUGGCUAGAUUCAGAAUAAGAACAACCUCCCUUUUUUGUAAGCCCCAUUUUUGGUAGGGUAAAGAAACUCUAUAACACAUGUUUUGUUUUGUUGUUCAUGUAAGAAAUAUCACGUGACAAAAUAUCCAGGCUUCCGUUUACAUGGAAAAAGCAUCCCUUAUAAUUAUUGCUCAUCAUAUUUAAAAUUUUUUUCAAUGGAUUCCCAUGUUCCCAGCUAGAAUUAUUUCCAUGGUAUGUGUUAUUGGCAGAAAGAGUGUUAAAUGUAGGGUGAGUAGCAUGGGGUGGCUUUCAAUAUCCUAGCCUGAAACAGCUUUCUUCAUUAUUACUUUAUAAACUGUAUUGAUCCUGCUAGUCCUGAAAGGGACAUUUAGUGAGGCUCUUGUGGUGAUUAGAAUAGGAAGGUGCUUGCUGUUUUUGCCAGUACAGCAUACUAGUUCCCUUGGCCCUUCCAUUGUUUGGGUCCACAAGUGAUCAAUGGGAAGGCAGCUGUUCAAUAAUCAUGCAGUCCAGUGGCUUGUAGUUGUAACCACUAUGGUUAUUGAUCGUCCUAUGGGCUUUAAGGCAUACUUAUGUAUGUCCUGGGGGGAAAGAGAAGAAGAUGCAGCUGAGAGUUGCUAACCAUGUUCCUGCGGUUAGAAUGAUUCAUUUUUUUUACCCCCGGUUGGAAUAGUUUCUAAAAGGCUCUGGUGACUGAAUGAGCUUAAAUUCCUCUACUGUUUUCUUGCAAAAGGUAUCAAAACUGAAAGCCUCUGUAAGGGGAAGAUCUUUAAAUUCAAUUUAUAAGACAACAUUUAGUAAGGGAGGUGGAGAAGAUUAUCAGCAGUCUUCAGAUGUUGUGGGGUUUUUCUGCCAACAAAAGCCACAUUCAAAAUGUAGUUGGUGAAAGCUUUUUUCCGUAUUACUUAGAAGAGGCCAUCUUGAAUCUAUGUAAUACUGUUUGACUUAGCACCUUCACUGGAUGCUCAAUUCUUAUUUUGAGCUUUAGGGUCCUCUGAAGGGGUAGUAAUGAUUCUGGUGGCAAAAUCAGAAUUUUAACCUUGUUAUAUAGAAUGGGCCUAUUUUGUCAAUUGGGGAUUUGGAUCGAUCGAUUCUUCUACUUGAGGAACAUAAAUUGCUAUUGCUCAGAGACCUUUAGGUUCCCAUCUACUUUAAGAUCACUCUCUUGGCAACUAGGGGAUUAAAAAAAAAGAUGCUCAUGUGUUGCUAGUACACAAUUAGAGAAUAUGGUUUCUAAUGGUUGGAUUUAGAGGGAUCCUUCCUAAAGAAUGAGUUAUGUAUCUCCUCAAGGAAAUCAUGGAAAAUUCUGUUUAUUCUUCAGUGAGUCCUUUUGAAUUAAUGUUCUUACAUUUUUUUCUAAGUCUGUGUAAGUGCUUAUGUAUAAGUAUAUAAUUGUAUAAAUAUUUAUAAAUAUAUUUAUAUAAUUACAAUUUCAUUUAUACCUUGAGUCAAAGUUCUCUCUUUAGAUUGGUGACUGAGUAAUACCAUUUCGGUGUUUUUUCAUAGGCUCUCGAGUAACUAGCAGCUUCUGAUUUACUGAGGAGACGUGGUUUUCAUGUUAGUUCCUCAGUUGUAUCUCUCAACUUGGAUAAUGUACUUGCUAUCUGAGGAAUAGAGCUCUAUAGUAGCAAAGGUGCAGUAGAGGGUUAAAAACAUGUUGAGUAGACAAGGUCAGAAAUGCAAAAAUUCAGGGAGGCACAGGGUAAGAACUGCGGGCAUGCCCAGCUUUGGUGCUGUGAUGGCAGCGCCCCGCUCUCUGCAGUCACAGCUGAAGCCCAAAUCUGUCAAAAAUGUGAAGUCUAGAAUUUUCCCUGUGGGACUCUUUCAUCCUUUUGCUUACUAACUUCUCUUUGCAAAACGUCUCAAGAACCUGAGGCAUGUUCAUUAAUGAUAGGAUGUAGUUCUGCCUUUUUGAUGAGGUCAGCCGUGGCAUAUCCAUUUAUGAGAAACCAAAGGGACUUUUCAACAUGGCUUUUACUGUGAGAUGACCCGAGUAUGUAUAAAAUGAUUCGAGUAAGCAUAUCAAAGACUUAGGGCAUGAGAUACUGAUCCAACUUAGGUACAGCGGGUGUGUCUAGAGUACAAGAUGUUGAGGAUUUUCUUUUAUUGUGAGGCAGAAGUGUAAUUAUCCCUGGUUUGAUACAGAGGCCCAUGGGGAGAGUAAAUAAGGAGUAUCGCUUCGCUCAUGAACUUAAUUCACUAAAGGAGUAAGCUUCCUCCAGUUUGUCUUAUUUCCUCUGCAAAUUCCUUUGCUCUGUGGAGGAGAGAUUUUAUUGAAUAGAUUAAAUGAAGCUAGUAAGAUUAGUUAAAAAUAGCCGUUCCUUGUAGGUGUUGGAAACAGCUCGAAAGAACAGGGGGGUUGGAAAAGGACAAGAGAGACUUUGAGAGUGACAAGAAACAAAUACAGGGAGAUGGAAUGAAAACUAGUGGGGGAAGAAAGUGACAGGAAACACCUUUUGAUUUUAAUUUAGAAAGGAACCAGAGAAGAGAGAGAACAGCCAAAUGAGGGAAGAAUGGGAAACUAAUUUUGAGUAACUAGCAUGUGCUAGGUACUUCCUGUGCAUUUUCUCCUUUAAUCUUCCUAAGAACUCUACAAAGUGUAUAUUCUCCCCAUUUUGUAGAUAGGACACAAUUGAAGUUUAGAGAAUAUGUUCAGGAUGUCAAAGCUAGUAAUUGGCAAAAUCAAAAUUGGCAUCCAGAGUCCAUGCUUUUUUCACUCUCUUGCUGUUGUCUCCUACAACAGGGGAAUCAGUUUACCCAAAAGGUUAUCUUCCUGUUGUUUGGCUCUGUAAAUUAUCAUUUGGUUUUGUUUCCUUAAAGCUUGUGGGAUUUGCACUAUGCCUAUAAAUUCUUACUUACACCACUGUUUUGAGGGACUGAUGAUUGCUUUUUAAAAAAAUGAUGCACUGAUGAAAAUGUGAAAGGAAAAUAUGUGGCAUUAUUUGCCAAGAAUAAAUGGAAAGGGUAAAAAAUAAUUUUAUCUUUUUUUAACCAUUUUUGGGAAAAGAUAGAGUUAUCUUUUCUUUGUCCCACCCAUACCAGAUUAUUGAACUCUCUAUGUGUAUGUUUUUAAAUCUCCUAUAACAUUCUACUUCCUUGACUCUAAAAGUCAACAAGUAUUUACUGAGUCCUUAAUCAAAGUUGGAAAUAUCUUGAAGUCUAAUACCUGGUUUCUUCUGUUUUAUCCAGUUGGAAAGAUACACUACACAUGAGAUAAUUGAAGAACAUGUAAAUGCUUACCUUUUUGGUGCUGAACAAUAAUUACAGUAAAAGUUUAGAAAGGGGAAAGACUUAGGCUUUCAUUAGGAAAGUCCACAAAAAAAUAAAUAAAUAAAUAAAACCGAAAAGUGGCAAACACUGUAGCUCAAAGUUUUUGACUCACCUGUAUUCAUUCCUUUAGUUCCACCUUUUGUAACUACUAGACUUAGGGCAUGACUUUUAUCAGUAAGGUACACCCAGCACCCAAGUAGGAAAGGAUUAUUGAUCCUAGGACUAAAGAUUUUAGCUAGCAAGGAUCUCACUUGGACACUUAGGAAAAUACCAGAGGGAGCCACUAGGAACUGGAAAGUGAAGGAAAGAUUUCAUUUCUCUCCCCAGGUACAAAUCAAAUGUAUAAAGGGGCACUAUGUGUAGGCAUAAGUGCACUUGGGUAACAGCGCUGCUGCUAAUAGAGAAUUGGACUAGAUCAAUAGUUCUCAGUCUUUUCAAGUAAAAGGACUUAAAAUAUUAAAAUUCGCCAAGAGUGGGGAAUUGUGGGGUUAAUUAUUAAUAACAUUAAGUCCAUAGAUGAGGAAAAUGUAAAUGUGCGUAUGGAAUUGCAGACCCUUUGCAAAAACUCCAGGAACCCACAGACUGUAGACCACCAAAUUAGAUUAUCUUUGAAGUUCUUUCCACUCUAAAAUUUUAUACUUCUAAUUUCUUCUCUUUAUAUUAUCCCUAGGCUAAUUAAAAAUUUUCUUGUUAAUCA